UACGCCCGCUUCCGCCAUGUAAUCCCGGAAACCCAAUUGUCAGUGUGUUUGUAUUUAGGAAUUUGCGCAACAUUUCUGAACGAAUUCAGAUUAUUCAGAGCUCGGUGGCCGCGCCGCCGGGUCAGCCAAGCCAACCACACCACAGCCAGUGCGUCGGGGCCCGUUACGUCAGACGUACGUCGCUACUGCGUCUCGCUCUCGACAAAAUUCGGGAAAACCAAACAAUGUGAAAGGAAUGACACAUGAAAACCAAAACAAAAAAUGUGCGUGCUUCGUUAUUAGUUAAACUACACUUUAAUUGGAUGUUCGGCCCACAAAUCGUUUGAGGAAUUAUUGUCCACGUGGAACGAUUAGGAAAUAAUCUGAUCGAAUAACUGGGAUGCUGAGGGACCGAUGACAUGUGGACGUCGGUGGAGAGCGGCGGCAGCGAGCGCGCGGCGCCGUGUGCGCGCGGCAAGCACUCGGCCACGCUGCUGGGCGGCGCCGUGUACGUGCUGGGCGGGCGCGGCGCCGGCGGGGCCGUGCCGCUGCGAGACUUCUGGCGGUACUGUCUCGCGAGCCGGCGCUGGCAGCGGCUGGAGGCGCGCGGGGAGCCGCCGCCCGCGCUGCAGGAGCACAGCGCCACGGCGCACGGCAGCCGCCUCUACGUGUUCGGCGGCGAGGCGGGCGCGCUGUCCAACGAGACGCCGCUCUGGAUAUACGACACCGAGACGCAGAUCUGGCGCAAGCUGGCGGGGCAGCCGGACGGCGGGCGGCGCGCGCGGGCGCGGGGCGGCGCGGCGGCGAGCGGGCCGCGCGGGCGCCGGGGGCACUCGGCGCACGCGCUCAAGGACUGCCUGCUGGUGUACGGCGGGUACCGGGACCUGCGCGGCUCCACCAACGAGCUGUGGGCCUUCCACUACGAGACGGAGAGCUGGCAGCAGGUGCGCACGAGCGGCGCGGGCCCGGCGCGGCACCGGCACGCCGCCGCGCUGCAUGACUGCCGCCUGUACGUGCACGGCGGCCAGAGCGACCUGCGCGCCUGCGCCGACCUGUGGCACUACGACACCAUGUCGCGCGUGUGGACGCAGGUGCGCACGCCGCCCAAGCUGUCGCCCAGCGCGCGCAGCGGCCACGCGGGCGUGCGCGCCGGAGCACACCUCUACAUCUUCGGCGGCGAGGCCAACGGACACCCCACCAACGAGCUGUGGCGGUUCCACUUCGCUACGGAGACGUGGGAGCGAGUGAUGCAAAGCGUGAAGUGGCCGUCGGCGCGCGUGGACUGCCGCGCGCUGCUGGUGGGCGGCGCGCCGGCGGGCCGCGUUCGCAGCGCGCCGCUGGCGCCGGCGCGGGCCGACGGGCAGGCGCCGGCGCGGGUCGACGGGCAGGCGCGUUGCCGGCCCGACGCGCCCGCCGGCUUCCUGCGCGAGAUAUCCAAGCUGUCCAGCUUCCACAUCCGGCGCGCCGCGCGCUGCUCCUACACGGUGCUGGCGGGCGAGCAGGACUCCACCGAGAGCCUGCUGCGCACCGAGCUGUCCGGCCUGUCCAAGUCGCGCUCGGCCUACGUCAUCGACGAGCGGCUGCCGGCGGACGGCGACGAGGCGCCGCGCGCCGACGCCGACGGCCGGCGCUCGGAGAUGUCCCGCGAGCCGAUCUCCGUGCCGGACUUCGCCGACAUGAUCCUGCCGACGCCGGUGCUGUCGCCCGCCGAGGCGACCAAGCUCGUGUACCUGGACUCCGACGAGGAGGAAGACGUCGGACGCGACGCGAUGGCGCCGAAGCGCACCAAGAACGGGACGGUGGCGAGGAACAGGAUCGCGCCGCUCGCCAAGUCGGCCUCCGUCAAGUUCACCGAGGAGCCCUACACGGAGACGACGCUGACGACGGAGGACGAGGCCGAGAUGUCGACGUCCGACUACGCGAGCGCCGAGAGAGUCAACCGCCUGUCCGGCGCGUCGUCCGGCUUCAGCAAUCCUCACUACUUGGGGCCGGACGUGAGGAACCUGGGGUCCGCGCUGACGCCGGACUCCGGCGUGGGCCCCGGGGACAUCGAGCUGCAGGACCUGAGCGAGCGGCGCGCGCGCAGCGUGCCGCGAGGCGGCGAGCGGCAGCUUCACCUGCUGCUGGUGGGCGGCAAGGAGCCGCCGCACCUGGCGCUGCUGCAGAGUCCGCUGUCGAUGUGGACUUUCAAGCUAUUAUAAUUUGAAGCGCCUCCUUGAACUGAGGUUCGCAACGAGCACGUUUGACCUAGUGGUUCAAAAAACUAGUGUUGUCGACCACAUUUCCAUUCCAGCAUGGUUUUUGACAGUUUUAGCAUGAUUAUCGGAGAAAAGCAAACUUUUUUGAUAAAACCUUUAGGGGUUCUUGAUAUAGAUGCGUAUUAUAAUAACACUAUCAGAGGCGAUCACAGUAAACCCGAUAUGAUAGUACCUAUACCUAGGAUUAGGUAGAUAUUACUUAAAGGCGUCCAUUUUUGACAGAAGAUAUUGAAUUCCUAUUGGAAUUAAAACGAAAGGUAUCUACUCUAUCGUUUCCAUAAGAAUCCAACAGCAAUAUAUAUCUAAGGACGCGGCUAUGCCUGAGGCUCGCACAAACAGGAGUAUAAUUCUAACUAAUGGUGAUACUCGAUUCUGUUCAAUUUGUAACCGGGGUCCGGAAACCGUACCAUAUAAUGUACGGGAAUAUAAAAAAAAACAAUGAUACCACCAGUUAAAAGUAGGGACAUUUUGCAUUUUUGUGAAGAGUAAUGUGUACCUUCCAAUUUAUUAGACUUAGAAUUUAUAACGUAACAGUUAUCUUUGUAAAAAAACAACAUGUAUGUAUUUAUAGUUGUAGUAGUAAAAUACCAGGCUUGAGAUUUUCUAUGAAAUACCUAUACGCAACGAUUUUAUACUAUGAGAAUCUUUACCUAUACGUCAAACUUGUCGUACCUAUCUACAUUCAAAAUAACGUCAACAAAUAUACGAGUAGCUGUAUAGUACGCGGCCUAUAAGUUAAACUGCGCAGUAACACAUUUUCAACAUAAUACGUUGACGACAACUCAUUCGCAUUCGAUUCUUUUAACGACGAAUUUUUAAUUAUUUGUUAUUUUUAGUAUACGUAUUACCUCUCAUUCUAAAAGGAGACUCGAGCUCAGCAAUGAGCCAUAUUGGUUGAUAUUGAUGAGGUUCCUAUUGCGCAACCACGGAUCACCUGCACGCGGGGUUUAUUGUUCCAGCAAUGAUGACCGCCUUUUGGUUCGACUUAUGUGCCGGGGUCUAUACACCUACUUGUAUGAUUGUAGGUAUUUCGAUUUCAGAGUCGGAGAAUUGGGUCGUGAUAGUCUAGCGGUAUUAUUUAUUGAUAGGCUUAAGAAGUAAAUAGGUAGGUAGUUAGGAACUUAUCCAUCCAUAACAUUUCAUCCGUGCUUCAACCUUCUACUAGGUACGUCGCUAACUAAUCUGUGAAUUUGUAAAAAAACAAAUACAUUAAUACCUGGAUUUACAUUUAGGUAAGUUUCACCAUAGAUUUAAGAUUACCAUCUAUAUUUCUUGGUGCAAGACGCUAAUUGUAUGGCACAGAUAUAUAUUUAAAUUUUGUAAUUAUUAUAGACGUUCAUGUCUAUUGUUUUUGAGGGUACAAUCGGUGCCAAGUUAAAUAAAUAAUUUAGAUUUUAGACAACCAAUUAUUAUCAAUCCGUAGUUUUUUUUUCAUUUUAUUAAUUGUACUUUGUUAGUUUUGUCUUUAUUAUUAUGUUAUUGUUGUAAUUCCUUGUAGAAUACUCAUUUAUUGUUAUUUUUUAUUUAUUGUGAUAUUUUAAAUGUUAUACGUAGCACUUAUGAUAAAACCAAAACGUUCUAAACUAGAUAUAAGAGUUCAAACAUUAACAACAUUCAAGUCAUCAGUGACAUGUAUAAUCUGUGACAUCAGCAAGUUCAGUAAUAGAACAGUAGUCAGUACCUACAACAGUAUGUAAACUCACUCUAUAAUCAAUACUUGGUUACCAAAAGCAAGAAAGCAAUAAUAAGUCUCGGCGCGCGGCAACACAAGUGCACUAACAUAAUCCGUGGACAUUACAUUAAUAACGAUUAAUUGUAUAACAACUAGUUUCGACUAAUAAAUCGUACCUGUAACCUGCUCUGACACAGACUCGUACAGACUACUUUAGUAAUUUAGUCGAGUACGAACAAUUUUUGAAUUUACCGCCCAGAAGUCGUGCGUUCUCGACUAAAAUACUAAAGUAGUCCGAACUAGGCCAUACGCUUGUGCAACACUACUAAGUACUGAAUCUCGGUUUUGAACAUGGAUUUAAUGUAUUAUAUCUAAAGGUGCUGAUAUUGAACAUUACUUGUAAUGAGCCUUCGUGCCAAUGUUACAUCACAGAAAAGUACCAAGUCUCGGAACCAUAGGUCAUCACUGGCAACACGCACUGUUCGAAGACUUUUGAAUUCUUUCUUUCUUUUGUCUCGUUGUUCAGUUCGACAAAAUAUAUAAAAACGGCGAAUGCUCGAUGUUCAAGUCUAUCAGCCUCUAUCAGCACAUUAUGGUUUCUAAUACAAUUCAACACCAGAUCGCGCAUGUUCAUUAAAAAUAAUUUAUUUAUUUUGCUAUUCUGCGAUAUCAGCCCCUGUAGCCAAGAGGCACGUCGAUUCGCUUUCUACGAUCGCAAACGCUUCGAAAACUAGAAAAAUGUAUGCUGAUGACAUUUGCUAUCGACAGGUCACGUGAUCAAGAUCUGUCAUUCCCACAGUUUUCGAAGCGUUUGCGAUCGUAGAAAGAGAAUAGACGUGCGACGUGAAAUGAUUCAAAGAAUAAAUGUUCUCAAUGCCACUUUUGUCGAAGAUAUGGUCGGCAGACAUUAUAAUAAAUGUACCUACUCGUAGAUAUUGUAUCACUUCCUUGAAUUGCAAGUUACAGAUGUACGUACCUACAUUUCUUCAUUUUUAUAGGACUAAGUUUGCAUUUACUAGAGCGACCACACUCGACUUCCCUGUCUGUCCCGAGUUACUGUAAUGUUAACAUUUUUUGUUCUAUGUACAUGUAUUUUUGAGUUAAUAAAAAUCCAGAUGUUUCUAAAAAAAA